GCUUUGAAAUACAAGUUAUUAUCAAAAAAAUACUUAUGAAUAACUUAUCCAUUUUUGAUACUCAUUGCCAUUUGGUCGAUAAAGAAUACUACCAACAGAAUCUAAACACAAAACAAAUAAUCCAAGCCGCUGCUGCCGCAGGGGUAAAAUAUAUACUGAAUGUUGGCUACGAUAAGGAGAGUAAUCAAAAAGUAAUAGAACAGUUAAAAGAAUUUCCUAAAAAACAAUUGACUAAUCAAAAAAUUAUCGCUAUUGGAGAAAUUGGUUUGGAUUAUUAUCGCACUUUUACGGAUAUUGACAAACAAAAAUACUGGUUUAAACGACAAUUAGAGUUAGCCAAAAAAUACGAUUUGCCCGUGUUAUUACAUAUUAGAGAGGCUUUUGCUAAUGCUUACGAAAUAGUGAAAGAAAGUGAAAUAAAAAAAGGACAAGUAAUAGAAAAAAUCCCUCUGGAAAGGAUAGUUAUAGAGACCGAUGCUCCUUAUUUAACUCCUGAACCUUUUCGGGGACGAAUUAAUUAUCCGCAAAAUAUAAUUCAUACUUUAACCAAAAUUGCUGAAAUCAAAAAAAUGGAUGUAAAAGUGGCAGCAGAGAAAAUUUACUUAAAUACUUUAAGA